AUGGCGGAAGCGACGGCGGCGACGACGACCUCUCCUGAGCUCCGACCCACUUCGUACGUCCUCAUCGGGGAUGAUCAGCCCAUACAUGCGGGCCGAGCGUCUGGCGGGCGUCUUUCCAAACGCGCUUCGCAGAGCGUCCCGUCCGAUGUGACAAAUGACGAAUUCUUUGCGGAAAGUCAAGACGAGGCAGCUGCGUCGCCGAUCGUGCUGCCAGUGCCGCCCGGUAGACCUCGCUUCUUUGUCUUGUUGCCAAUCAUGGCUACUCUGGACGUACUCAUUUGCGCAGCACUCACCUCGCUACUUCUCUACGGCCCAGCCUCCGACGACCCGCCUGGUGGAGGAAAUGACCAGGCUAAAGUGGAAAAGACGAGGAGGCUGAUCUUUGCUUUAGCAGCGUCGGGUCUCAUUCGAGCCAUGACUGUGGGAGUGAUUGGCUGCUCGCGAAAAGUAAGAGAGCUCACCAUCGCAGUGGCAGCUAUUUGCCUGGUGAGUCGUUGGCGCAGUGAGCAUAGAUGUGUAAGAAUACCAAGAGGAGAACGAUUGACCACCUCGCUUGCACUCUGAGCACAGGUGUCGAUCCUAGUCAUUGUAUCGGUGUCCAACGUUUUGUUCCUACUGCCAGCAAAGGCGUGGAGCAUGGAUGGUAUCGGAGGCUCUUUGAUCAGCGUUCCUCAUCAUCUCGAAGAGCUUCCGCGCCUGAGCAUCGCGUACCUCUCCGGCCAGCAACUCAUCUUCACCCUCCUCGAGUGGGCUCUCUUCGUGGGCGUUGUGGGCGUUCGUGUUCCGCCAGGCGGGGUCAAUGCAGCGGGUGCUCGACGCUGGCAACAGGCAUUGGCGGCAGAAAGGUGGGACGGAGAAGUGGAAAGUCUGUAUGAAGGGCGGUUGGGAGAAGAAGCAGGCGCAGAAGCGUAUACGGAGCAGGCCACAGAAGCGGAUCUAGGCGUCGACAACGGUGGCGAGACUUCCACGGAAACGGUGCGCACACCCAAGGCUGCUCGUCCUUCUUCAUACCUGUCGACGUCAGCACGCGAUCCCUCCAGACCCACCUCGCCCCUGGACCAGUACACUCAACCCUCCGCAAAUUUGGCUACCUCUCCACCUCAAGAUACGCUCUCACCUCUGCCUCGCUCUCCAGCUGCGUCCAUCUCGAGGCGUUCCAUUCGCUCGCCCAUGCAUGCUCAGCAUUUUCACGCCAGUUCUCGCGAUCUCGAAAGACAAGCUCCACCGUCCCUCGGAUUCCCGGCGCAAGGUGCAGCAGAAGGCGAGGAGGAGGAGGAGGAGGAGGAGAGCGGAUUGGAUCCGGACGAUAUUGUCGAUAUCAAUCCAAACGAUAGACGAUUGUCGAGGCAAGAAUCCAAGAGGAGAUUGGAUGCUGCGAGGGCUAGAGGAGAAUACGAGAGGGAGAGAAAGAUCAGCUCCAACAGCCUUGCAGGUGCUACUUCUCUCUUCUCUCGAAGUCCGACCAACGCGACGAGCACGCCCGCGUCCGGAGGCGCUUCGCGAUCGCAAACACCUACUGGAGAAGGCAAGAGGCUGUUGCGAGGAUCUGCCAGUCCUUUCGCUUCCGACGCCCAAAUUCCGAGAUCCACGUACGGAUCGACAGACUUGGCUUCUCGGCCUUCCAUUCCUCCUUCAGCUUCCAGGGCCUCUUCGAUGCACACCACUCCACACGGCCAUGCCGUUGAUCCUUCCGUCUCUUAUUCUUCAACAUCAUCCGCUCAGGAUGCGCAGACGCCUCCAUCUUCAGGACCAAAGAGGCUGGCAAACAGGCUCAAAAGACCUUCUUGGUUGCCUAGCACCAAAAAGGCCAGGCGGAGCGUCAGUGGACAGCAGAGCGAUCGAGAGGCAUGA